CGUAGCAUCUUGACAACCACAGGUGUUGAUUCAACGAUUUUCUUUAAUUUUGAUUACGGGCAACAGUGAAGGUCUACCUAUUUCUGUGGUAGAUAUGGCAGCAGAUUACAUGCAGAGGUCAUACAGUAGCUAUGGAGAACAUGGCAGAGGAGCAGGUGCAGAAUUGUUCAUGACUCCACAACCACCAGCUUCAAGAGCAGGAUACAGGCCGUUCUCCAGGAAACAGACCAAUUAUGCUGGCAUGAAUGAUUGGAUGCCAAUGCUGAACCCCAGAAAAUGUGGCCAUAUUCCACAGACUGUAUCAGCAGCAAACUGGAAAACUUAUAAAAUGAAACAAAACUUUUACAAACCUACAGUUCCUCCAUCAGACAGUAAUGAUUUCUUCAGUGCAUAUCAAGAUUUGUCGGAUAAAGUGGCUUACAGAUAUCCAAACCCUGGACUUCCAAGGGAACGUCAGGGGGCUAUUGGUGGAUCUUGGAGACAUAUCAAACAAGUGCUUGGUUAUGGAGGAGCACAGAUAUGUUUCAUUGAUGGGCUUGUUCGACAGUAUGAUACUGACAAAUUUAAUGAAUAUCUACAAACUGGAGGCCGUGAAUCAAGGGCUCUUCCUCUUCAACCCAAAAUGAGCACUCCUAUCUAUUCCCUGAACAGACACAAUGUGAGCAGCUACAGGAAAGAUCUGAGGAGGCAGAUUGAGAUGGACAACUAUAGACCUUGGUACCAAGAGGCUAAUCAUCAAGGAGCCAGAGAUUUGCCAACACUGUAUGAGGCCACACCUCCUACCAGAUUCAUGAAGCCAGGAACAGCUCCAGCCAGCUAUUCAAAGUACAAAGGAACAUAUGGGCUGAAGGAGUGAAUGCUUCAAAACAAAAUUAUGGCAGUAUUGAUAAUCAGUUAUAUUGCACUGAAAUCAAAAUUGCAUUCUCCAUUGCAUAGCACAGUAUCAAAAUUCCAUGCAUGUAACAUAUUUUUAUUGGUGGAUUCCUGAUAAGUACCUUUCUCUACUUGCCUUGAUGUUUUUGAGGCUUAGAAUUCAAAAGAAAAUUACUUACUUUUUGUGCGCUUUUACUGUUUAUGAAGCUCUAGCUACUUAAUUACAGUUCAAGUUAUACAUAAAUAAUGAAAAUAAUGAUAGCAUUAAUAUCUAACAAAGGUGGUAAGGGUAUAGCCAUGUGUCCCCAAUAGAUAAGUGUUCUGCACAAAGAUAGAUGUGCCAUAUCACCAAAGUCAUAAGUAUUGUAUAAAGACAUUGGUUUUGGUUGAUGCAACACUGAGUGUGGCAAUUUUAGGCAUUCCAUGAAAAAGGCAGUUUUCUGCUAUGUGCUAAUAUUUUUCUCAUAACUACAUGUACAUUUUAUGUCUGCUAUGUGCUGAAUGUGGUUGCUAUGUGAUAUGAUGCUUGAAGAUGCUUCCUGUUUUUGAUCUUCUCAUGGCUACCUUGUGCCUGUAAGUUAUUUAAAUUCUAGGAUUUGCACAAAACUGCAGUACUGUAAACAAACACAAAAUCAUUGCUCAAUAAAAUGUACACAUUUUAGACAAUCUUACUUUAUAGAGAGUCAAUGCAGUACAAAUGUUGAUGAACCUGAAAUUUUUACAUAAUGUUCAGAAAGAAUCAUAGGCCAAUAAGAUCCUUUGCUAUUGUUCCAAUUUUGAUUUGAUAUUUAAACAUGACACUGUUGGAUUUUAUAUAAUUUGGUAUUUUUAUCACCUUUGCAUACUGGUAUAUAUUUUUACACUCCAUUUGUAAGAAAGUUUAUUUAUAUAGAUUUCACUUUAUUACAAAUUGCAUCUUAAAAAUGAACGUGUUUUAUUACAAUUAUACAGUAGGAUGAUUUACCAAUCCAUAAUCAUUUUUUACUAAAAAAGAUAUAUAUCAUUUUAUAGUUUGCUGUAAAAUGUUCGUAAUGACUACAUUCACAUUUAAAAUAACCCUUAUUUUAGGGGAAUUUUUAGCAAUGUGUUAUUUGAAUAUGAUCAUUUACUUGAUUUGCAUAUAAAAUGCUAACAUGACAUGAAUUGGUGUAUAGUCACAGUAAUGACAUAAGAACUGCUGGUAAAGUUAUAUUGCUCAAGAAGAACUCAGUAUUACCUGAAGUAUAAUCAAAAUCUUGUCUACGUUUCAGUGAUGGUUAAUGUACUAGUACAUGUAUACAUAUGUUAUUGCAUAAUAAAUAAAUAUAGU